AUGAGCAAAGGUAGCGUUUUGGGGAGAAGGGUGUUUUGUGCGGGAUACAGAGCUUGCGGUUGGGCGAACAGUGGUCGGUUUGCCGUGCGGCAGUUCCAUGGUUCGGUUCCACGGCGGCAGGACAUUAAGGAUCCGUACGACACGCUUGGGGUUAAGAGGAGUGCUUCGUCGUCUGAGAUCAAGAAGGCGUAUUACAAGCUGGCUAAGAAGUACCAUCCGGAUGUCAAUAAGGAGCCCGAUGCCGAGGCCAAGUUCCACGAUCUGCAGAACGCGUACGAGAUUCUGUCUGACGAGAACAAGAAGCAGCAGUACGACCAGUUUGGUGCGGCAGCGUUUAAUGGGUCUGCUGGGGGCGGUCCGGGCGGACCGGGCGGACCUGGCGGGUUCGGGGGAUUCGGCAGUCCGUUUGGCGACUUUGGUGGCGGCGGAGGUGCCGGAUUUGGGAAUUUUGGCGGCAUAAAUUUCGAGGACCUGUUUGGUGCUGCGUUCGGCGGCGGCGCUGGCAGAGGCGGCGGACCCAACGGCCGGUCUUCUAUGUUCAGAGAGUACAAGGGAGAUUCCGCAGAGGUGGUGCAUCGGAUGAGUUUUAAGGAAGCGGUGUUUGGUGCCAAGGGCGCCAAGUUGAAGUUUAGCGUGGUGGAUCCCUGUUCGACGUGUCAGGGUUCGGGAUUGAAACCGAACGCGCAGAGCUCCACAUGCCCCAGUUGCCACGGAAGCGGUACCACUGUGCAUGUGAGGGGCGGAUUCCAGAUGGCGUCGACUUGUAACCGCUGUGGUGGGGAAGGGACCAUUGUGCGCCCACAGGACGUUUGUAGGAGCUGUCACGGCGAAGGAGUGCAGCUUAACAGUCAAAAGACCAUUAGCGUCGAUCUACCCAUGGGUUUGCAGGAUGGUGACGUGGUCAGGGUGCCGGGACAAGGUUCGUACCCUCACAUGGCCGUGGAUCCAAAGAUGAAGGACUCUGUCAGACUGCACAGAGGUGACUUAUUGGUUAGGAUUCGCGUGGAUAAGGAUCCCCGCUUCACGAUUAAAAAUAAGACUGAUAUAUGGUACACAAAGGAGAUACCAAUUACUACCGCGGCUCUCGGUGGGCAGGUCACCAUACCCACUGUGGACGAUUCGCAGAUAAGACUCAAGGUGCAGCCGGGCACGCAGCCGGAUCAGGUCAUCUCGAUCCCCAACAUGGGAGUGCCCAGAAUGAACGGAGAGCGCGGGGCCAUGAAAGUGCAGUACAAGAUUGUCAUCAAGAAGCCUCAGUCGCAGGCUGAGAAGUGUCUAUGGGAAGCACUGGCAGAUGUGACAAACGAUCAAACAGCAAAGAGAUCCGAGACGAAAGCUUCAGAUACAAAUCACACAGACAAGACGGCGAACCACAAUACUGCAACGACAAACCCUGAUAACCCCAGCGCAUUGGGCAGAUUGGAAAACUUCAUCAGCAACACUUUCAAGAAGAUCAGAGGUGGUGACGAUAAGAGACAAGAUUCAUAG